AUGUUUGUAAAUGUAAAAGUGCCUUUGUCGUUAAAAGAUUAUACUGAGCACGUUGAGCAUGCCAUGCUGCCAUUUGGAUUUCUGUCAGAUGACAGACGACUGUACAACUGUAUAGAAGCAAGCGUUUGAAUGAAAGGAGAAAAUGAUGAAAGGAAUUCAUCAGCGGUUACAACCCUCUUUAAAGAUCUUAAGUGAUGGCUUGGAAUGCGGUAAAAGGCAAUAAUCUCCGCCGUGUCGAGACAUUAGCUCGUCAUCAAUGCGUGAGAGUUGAUAACAAGAUAUUGACGACUCGCUCAAAAUGUAAAAUUAUUGAAACGAUAACACCAUUUGCCAAAUUUUUGCGGGUGCUCUUUUCUAUUGGCACCAUGUCGUUUCUAAAAAUUUCGCAAAAUUUUCAAACCAGCGGCUCCUCGUAUCCAAUAGCAAUCUGUAAAGCUUUUCGUAACGAAUGUUAGCUUGGUGACUGA